AUGUCCCCUAUAAGAACUCUCGACGAUGAUCGUGAUCGUAAUGCUGAAGACAAAAACAUGACGACGAUAACUGGUGGACCAGGCCUGAAUAUAACGACAGCAAAAGCUACUGUUGCUGUUGUAAAUAUCGAUACGAAAACUGAUAAUAUUCCAAAUGAUAAUCUUUCGGGAAUGACAAUUCACCAAGCAGCACAGCAAGGGAAUCUACAUAUAACAAAGCACAUGAUUGAAAAUGGACAAGCAGAAGCAACCCUUCGAGAUUCCCAAAAUAUAACACCCUUGCAUUGGGCCGCCAUCAAUAAUCAUGUGGUAGUGGCUAAAUACUUGAUUGAUAAUGGAGCAGAAGUAGAUGCUUUUGGCGGGGAUUUGGUUGCCACACCAUUGCACUGGGCGGCAAGGAAUGGUCAUUUACCUACUGUGACACUUUUAAUCAAUCAUGGAGCAGAUCCUAAUUUACGGGAUUCACAAGGAUUUAAUGGAUUACAUCUUGCUACACAUUCUUCUAAUUCAAUGUUAGUUUUGUAUUUGAUUUUUCAAGAUAUGGAUAUCGAUACACCGGAUACACUUCAACAUACACCUUUAAUGUGGGCAGCUUAUCAGGGUGAUCCAAUAACUACAGAAUUAUUUAUUCGGCUUGGAGCUGACGUUAAUAAAGUAGAUUCAACACGAUUUACACCUUUACAUUGGGCGGUCAUUAAAGGGCAUCCAUUGUGUAUAAGAAAAUUAAUAGAAAGUGGUUCAGAUAUAAAUGCUAAAGAAGAUAAUGGAAAAACGCCAGCUGAUAUCGCGCAGGAAAUGAAAUCUGACAAAGUUUGGGAAAGAUCUUUGAGCGAAGCAGGAAGAAAAAAUGAUGGAAAAAGAAAAUUAUAUUUGUUUGAAAAGAAAACUGCCUUCGCAAUUAUAUAUUUGAUACCAUUUUUUACUCUUUUUGCCGGACUCCAAACACUUUCUCAUUAUUCUUGGUUAAUUGGUUUACCUUUGGCCGUUGCUGAAUUUUUUGCAUUUCACAUGUUAAUAAUGAAAGUUCUUAUACGAGCAAAAUUACCUGAUGCAUUGAUGAGAACUCCAUAUUUCACUAGUUUAUUUCAAGCAAGUGCAUUCUGGGUUGGAGUUACCUGGAUAUAUAAAAUUUUGCUCGCUGUAUUGGCUGAUCCUGGAUUUGUUCCGAAAUUACGUUCUCGUGAAGAAGAGAAACAGUUAGUAAUAGAUCUUGCUAACAAAGGAAUGUUAGAUACAAGACAUUAUUCUAAUUUAUUAUUAAAUAGAUUAAGAAACCACUUCGUUCAAAGCAUUGCAAAAUUUGUGAUAGAUGUGUGGCCCGUUUUGAUCAAUUUCUUAACCUCAGCUCCUAAAUAUGAAUGGGAUCCAUCACAAAAAUGUCUUUUAAAUGAUACUCUAUGUGGAUUCUUUCAGUUUGACACAUGGACAGCUUCUUUAUGUGUUUGGCUUGGAUUACAACUCACUUGGUCCGUAGGAUUAUUAUGCAUGCAAAGUUAUCAAAUUUCUUCGGCCAAAACCACCAACGAAAUGGCAAAUUUUCAUCGAUAUUCGUAUUUUGGAAAUCGAACCGGAGGAAAUGUUCGAGAACAAAUUAUGGCUACAUUGGCUGCAGGUCCCGGUGCAGGGGGAGCAGCUCAAGUAGGAGAUGCUAGUGGGGAUGACAUGAGUACACUUGAUGGAACUGAUGAUGGUUUCGGUGAUCAUGCUCCACAUAAUCAUAAUUCUUCAGGAUUGCUUAGAAUGUUUGGUGGACGAGACAGAUUACAUCGAAGAAGUAACAGUUCACGUAGUCACACUAAUGGAAAUCCAUUCGAUUUUGGAUGUUGGAACAAUUGUGUUGAUUUUUGGUCACAAGGUCAAGGUGGAAUGCUACAAAACGUUGAUUGGUAUGGACUUUAUGAUGUUCCUCUUGUCGAAAGACGUGGUAAUUCUACGUCGCGAAGAAAUGGAGGUUAUAUGGCCUUAAGAAGAGAUGAAGAAAGUGUAUAA